AUGACAAGAAUACUUGUCUCGGUCGUUAUCGCCAGUAUUGUGAUCGCGUUUCGCAUUGCCGCAGCCGUCACCGCCACCGCCGGAAGUGUUGACGGAAUACUGACACCGCGACCUUUUGACGAUUACGACGACGACGACGUCGAGUUGGCGAAUCGAUAUUUGCAAAAGUACGGUUAUCUGCAAGAAAACGUGUUUGAUUCGAUCACGGAGAAGAGGAAGAUUGAGAUGGAGGAACUUCUACGACAAGCACUCGCUCUAUAUCAAGAAAUAUAUCGAAUCGCAGGCAAGGGAGAACUGAACAAUAUUACACUAGAUCUAAUGAAAAAACUGAUACGCGAGACCGUUUUGAAGACGACGAGAGUUGCUUUCGACACGUGGGCCAGGAACUCGUCGUUGAUAUUCGAAAGUAAUAUUUCGCAUCCUAACAUCAUGCUGUCGUUUCGCGAAUGUUCUCACGUAUUUGCGCAACCGAACGGUGCCGCCUGCCCCACACCGCUGGACGGACCCGUCGGCGUGCUCGCUCACGCGAAUUAUCCCACCAGAAGUGCCGAUCACGUCUCAGAGGUGUACAUCGACAGAGCGGAAUCGUGGCACAUAAAGAUCAAUAAGAAUCCCUCAAAGAGAUACAGUUUGUUGUACAUAUUGAUAUACGAGAUCGGCCACGCCCUAAGAUUGCCACACAGCGAACGCAAAGAUUCGGUGAUGUACGCGUUCGCGCCAGAACGACCCAUUUUUCCGAUGGAACUCAAUCUGGAGGAUACGCUCAAUAUUCAACAAUUGUACGGUGGAACAUUGGCGGCGACGACUACGCGGCCGUUGUCAGUGACGACCCCUGCCACGAGAGAAAAUGACGACGAUGACGACGACGACGACGGCGAAGACGAGGCAGAUCUGUGCGCCCUGCGUCGCAUAAAUAUCCUAGUGAUAAUCAACAAACGAAUAUUUAUUGCCAGUGGUCGUUGCGUGUGGUCGGUCGAUAUAAACGUCAGAUCCUAUCAAAAACUAAUACUGAUCACGGAAUAUUUGAAAUUUCUUCCGGAAAAUUUUACUAUUUUUUCGGCAGCUUAUCAAAAACCUUCGGAGGGUAUCGUUUUGUUCGCCGACAAUAGAUGGACGAAACCGACGAUUGCGCCACCACCAGAAUCGUCAGACACCAUAGAGAGUCAGAAGAAGGGACUGUUGCAACAAUUACGCGAUCUCUUGCAGCGAAUCGUGUGGCUGACCGAUGACAGUGGUGGAUCCAACGACGGCAAUCUCAUCGUCGCCACAACGGUGCGGUUUCUCUGGACAAACGAGUCCAAAUUGAAUGAUAUUUUUUUCUUCUAUGACUCCUGA